GCUGAUGGAUGAGUGAUGGAUGCUCUCUGCUUCCUGCCACAGGUGGUGUUGAAGAACGCCCACAUGGCCGUUGGCUCCCUGACCAUCAACGAGGAGAGGUCAGAGGUCAUCGACUUCUCCGUCCCCUUCAUUGAGACCGGCAUCAGCGUCAUGGUGUCCCGCAGCAACGGCACCGUCUCACCCUCCGCUUUUUUAGAGCCCUUCAGUGCCGAUGUGUGGGUGAUGAUGUUCGUGAUGCUGCUGCUGGUGUCAGCGGUGGCCGUGUUUAUAUUUGAGUACUUCAGCCCCGUGGGCUACAACCGCUGCCUGGCUGAUGGCAAAGAGCCUCACGGCCCGUCCUUCACCAUCGGUAAGGCCAUCUGGCUGCUCUGGGGUCUGGUCUUCAACAACUCUGUGCCUGUGCAGAACCCCAAAGGAACCACCAGCAAGAUCAUGGUGUCGGUGUGGGCCUUCUUCGCCGUCAUCUUCCUGGCCUCCUACACUGCCAACCUGGCCGCCUUCAUGAUCCAGGAGGAGUACGUGGACCAGGUCACUGGUCUCUCGGACAAAAAGUUCCAGCAUCCCAACGACUUCUCGCCUCCGUUCCGCUUCGGCACCGUCCCCAACGGGAGCACGGAGAGGAACAUCAGGAACAACUACGCAGAGAUGCACGCGUACAUGACCAAGUUCCACCAGAGGAACGUGGUGGAGGCGCUGCAGAGCCUCAAGUCGGGCAAACUGGACGCCUUCAUCUACGACGCGGCCGUGCUCAACUACAUGGCCGGCCGGGACGAGGGCUGCAAGCUGGUGACCAUCGGCAGCGGCUACAUCUUCGCAACCACCGGCUACGGCAUCGCCAUCCAGAAGGAGUCGCUGUGGAAGAGACACGUGGACCUGGCCAUCCUGCAGCUGUUUGGAGACGGUGAGAUGGAGGAGCUGGAGUCCCUCUGGCUGACGGGCAUCUGCCACCAUGAGAAGAACGAGGUGAUGUCCAGCCAGCUGGACGUGGACAACAUGGCCGGCGUCUUCUACAUGCUGGGAGCCGCCAUGGCUCUGUCGCUCAUCACCUUCAUCUGCGAACACUGGUUCUACUGGCAGCUGCGCUUCUGCUUCAUGGGCGUGUGCUCGGGUCGACCUGGGUUCGUCUUCACCAUCAGCAGGGGCAUCUACAGCUGCAUCCACGGGGUGCAGAUUGAGGAGAAGAGCAGCUCGGCGCUGAACUCGCCCUCGGCCACCAUGAACAACACCCAUUCCAACAUCAUGCGGCUGCUCCGCACCGCUAAGAACAUGGCCUCGCUCUCCGGCGUCAACGGCUCGCCGCACAGCGCUCUGGACUUCAUCCGCCGCGAGUCCUCUGUUUACGACAUCUCCGAGCACCGCCGCAGCUUGGCGGGCCACUCGGACUGCAAGCCCCCCUACCUGCCGGAGGACAACAUGUUCAGCGACUACAUCAGCGAGGUGGAGAGGACUUUUGGCAACCUCCACUUGAAGGACAGUAACCUGUACCAGGACCACUACCUGCACCACCACGGCUCCACGCUGGGGCUCAGCGGACCACCCCCCAACCGGCCCCACAGUCUGGGCAGCGCCAGCUCCCUGGAGGGCGGCAUGUUUGACUGUGACAGUCUGGGUGGAGGCGUGGCCCCGAUUUUCACCACUCAGCCCUGCUCUGCACUGACCCACAGGAACAUGAGCCAGUUUGACCUGCUGUCUGGACAGACUCCUCCCUCAGGCCAGAGCUUCAAGGGCGGCCCCCCAGACGUCUACGGGAAGUUCUCCUUCAAAGGUGGUGCCUCCAGUUCCACCUACAUCCCCGGACACAGCUACUGCCCUGGGAGGGGCGACGACGACGGGAACGUGCGCUCGGACGUGUCGGACAUUUCGACGCAUACAGUGACUUACGGGAACCUGGAGGGUAACGCCAAGAAGCGCAAGCAGUACCGCGACAGCCUGAAAAAGAGGCCGGCCUCUGCCAAGUCCAGACGGGAACUGGACGAGAUCGAGCUGGGCUACAGGAGGAAACCCUACCACAUCAGCCACCACCACUACCACGGCCACCGCUCCGCCUCCCCACCGCUUCUACCGUCUGAACGCAAACGAGGAGGGGGGGUGGGAAACAACGAUGGGAACUCUUACCUCUUCAGGGAGAAGGAGAGCGUCAGGGAUUUUUAUUUGGACCAGUUUCGGCCCAAAGAGGGCGUCCCCCAGUGGGAACACGUGGACCUGACGGAGGGGCCUGGGAGUCGAGACGGAGGAGUGGGGACCUGCACCUCCUUGGUUCCAGUGGAUGAUUUCCUUAAGAGCAAACCCAAAAAAUCAGAUUCAAAAAGCGGGGGUUCUGGGCUGGCAGGAGGAGAGUGGGAGUGCAGGAACUGUCGAGCUAGCGGGGGCAAGCAGAUGUCCAUCCACGGAGGGGGAGGCGGUGGCGGCUACGGUGGCGGCAUGAGCUGCGGAUCCUCAGGAGGCGGUAACAGCCGCCCCAGCUCGGCGACCUGCAUGCGCUGCGAGGGCUGUAAAAAGACAGGGAACCUCUACGACAUCAGCGAGGACAACAACCACCUCUUGGAACAGAUGGGGGGAGGGCAAAGCGGGGGAGGAGGGGGAGGCAUGGGCGCAGGCCCCCAGUCUCAGGCCCAGCAGAGGAGGAAAGGUGGAGGAUUUGGCAAACCACUGAGGCGGCAGCACUCGUACGACACGUUUGUCGACCUUCAGAAGGAGGAGUCCGGUGGGAUGGGAAGCCUGAUAGGGGGCCUGGGCGGAGGGGGGAUGGGGGGAGGGAUGGGAGGGAUGCUGCCCCCACCCAGGAGCGUUAGCUUGAAGGAGAAAGAGCGCUACAUGGAGGGCACCAGCCCCUUCGCACACAUAUUUGAGCGUCACGGGGGCUCGGAGAGAGGAAGGGAACAAGACAGGGACCCGCUGUUCUACGGCGGAGACGGCCGGACGGGACCCGGAUCGCCAUUCGGCCUGUUCAGAGGCGGAGACGGACUCCACCGCCGCUCCAUCGGAGAGAGAGACAUGAGAGACAGGGACAGGUCACUGAUGGAAGGAGGUGGGACAGCGUUCUCUUUAUCCAAAUCCCUUUACCCCGACCGGGUCAACCAAAACCCCUUUAUACCUACCUUUGGUGACGACCAGUGUUUGAUGCAUGGAGCCAAACAAUAUUACAUGAAAAAGCAACAGCAGCAGCAGCAGCAGCAGCAGCAACAAGUUGCCAAAAACAGCCGAAGUGACUUCAGGGCCCAGUUGAGCACGACGUCAUAUCUGCCAGCGUCUGCCACGGCCGGAGGGAUGUCCAACGUGACGUCCCGGUUCCCAAAAGAGCUGAGCCUCGGGGGGAUGAACCACCACGGCUCCAUGCUGGGGGUCGGCCCCCCACGACCCUUCAACGGAAGCAAUGGCCAUGUGUACGAGAAACUCUCCAGCAUCGAGUCUGAUGUGUGAGCGCAGAGCGAAGGAGGAGGAGGAGGAGAUCAGGGAAGACUCUACAGACACUGUCCACAGCCCAGCGAGGCACGAGGAACGAGCUGAAACUGUGAAUUAAACAUCCAGACUUUUCUACCAGGAGUUGUGGGUAAAAUCAGGACACUCUGAGGAGGCGCGGGACGUUAACCCUCCCUCAGAACCGGCCAAAGCUUUCUCUAUUUCAUGUCCACACAGUCGCUUAACAUCUUCCUCAACGCGUCGCCUCGACUCCGGCCGCUCGCUUCGUCCAGCGAGGCGGAGGCGCGAGAGCGGAGGAGUGACAUUUAGCAGAGCCUCAGCACAGGAGAGGACGAGAGCUCUGUCCCCCCCUCUCCCCCACCUCCCAUCUCUCCUCCUCCUCAUCCCAGACGUCAACAGAGCCGAGAAAUACAAUCACGAAUGCUAAUAAGAUAUUGUAAUAGAAACACAGGGUAUAAGAACAACAAUAAUAUUGAUAACGUUGUGAAUUACAGAUGUUCGUAUUGAUUAUGACGCACUGCUUCUAUCAGUUCUGUUGUUUUCUGUUUUUUGCGGUGUUGGUUGCUGUGGUCGUGGUGGCAGCAGGUCGGUUGUUCCCAGCUAACGAGCCACAAAGACUGAAUCCUGUCGCUUUUCUGUUUACCGUAGGACAUUUGACUCCAUGCUCACGCUGGUUUCCUCCUCGUGGGGAAAACCGGAUCUCAGUGGGUUUGAGCCCACAGAUCCUGCCAACGAUGCUUCAAGACAUUUCCAAUCAAACACACAAACACACAUGCAAAGACACAGUUUUCGUCUGAACUUGUUACUGUGAGCAACACGUUUCAUCCGGAGAGGAAGGACGUGCCUUAACGGUCUCCAGUGGACGAGUGGACUCGAGCUGCGACUUGACGGCAUCGCAAGAUGUUUCCCAGCUCCAUCCAGUGGGUGAAGCCCUGGCUUCUGUUCAGGAUGUCCCCUCACGGACACGGCAGCCUUCAGACCACUUCUUUUAUUCAGGUUACAACUGUCACCAGGCACUUACUUUCCUCAGCCUCUCACUAGCAUUAGCUUCCGCUCUCGUAAUCGGCUUUGUUGUGGUUGAUAUAUGCGCUGUCGCUGCUUCUGUGGGCUACAAACGUGUAGGAGAAGGUGUCAGGAAGGCGGCCAUCUUGUUUUUUCUCUGAACGACGCAGGAGAGGCCUCAUUUACUGCACAGGACCUUUACUCUGUGUGGGUCCAGGCUCUUAGCAGUCAAGCCUUAUCACCCCAGCCCCAAAUCCACCCCGAGCUGCCUGACGGUGACUCAUCACACCACCGCUAGAACUGAGGAGCCGCUCAUUGUCUAAAGGUUUGAUCUUUGAUUAGCUGAUGGGGUCAGAGCUUCAAGGGCUGCAGGAGAUCUGGGCUGAGUGUGUGUUACCCUCUAAAAACACCCCAUCCACGUGGUGUGUGUGUGUGUGUGUGUGUGUGUGUGUGUGUGUGUGUGUGUGUGUGUGUGUGUGUGUGUGUGUGUGUGUGUGUGUGCGUGCGUGUUUGUGUGCGUGUUUGUGUGCGUGUGUGUGUGUGUGUGUGUGUGUGUGUGUGUGUGUGUGUGUGUGUGUGUGUGUCCUCAUGCCAGCCUCCACAGAUGACAGCGUCCGAGUGCGAGCGAUCGAGCUAGCCUUAAAUCUGAUUCUCCCACUCCGCCCGAAGGAUCUCUGGAAUUUUUAUACACACGCUUUGAGAGGCGGCUGGUUUUUAGGGACGGACGGGAAGCGGCGGCGACCGGAGCGGGACGGUUCGGAGCGAGCGUCAGCGUCACCUGUUCAGUCUUUUCCCUGUAAAUAUAUUUAAAGUCUUUUCACUUUGUACAGUAAACAGACAGGCAGGAUGUAACUUUCAAUAUGUUUUACAGCAAUUUAAGAAAAUAAACAAAAAAAUAAAAAGUCAUAAAACUAAAAACACAAAAAUAUGCAAAAUAUAGUUAAGACACAAAUAUGACUAAGUGAUAUAACUGAAGCUCUUUUCCUUUGAAUCUCAUGUUUACUUGAUUCUGAUAGUUUACGAUCAGUAUACUGAUUAUGUUAAGAAUUCUGCUUUUUCUUGGUUCACUACAGUGUUGGACAUCGAGGAUCUUUUACUGUAGGUGUAGACGUUUGGUGACUUAAGGGGAAAGUUUAGUUUUAGGCGUCUUUGCUAAGUUUCCCUUGAAUUGUGUUAGAUUCUGUCUUUUUAAGAUAAGCUAUUCUUCAUGCUUUUGAGCUCAACUCAACUAUCUACACAUUUAUGGAAUACAAUACUACGUGUAUACAUAGAUGCUAUUUGCAUAUAGAGACAGAAUAUUGUGAUCCUUCAUUUUAAGCAGCGUUACAACUAAAGACACUUGUGUUUUGUUGCCCUUUUUGUAUUUUCUUUUGUGAUCUGGGCUCUAAUGGUGAUUGCACAUUGAAUCUAGAGCCAUGUCGCCCGGCCUAUCCCGCCCCUCUGUGUGGGAUAGACAUCACUGUGGUAAAGGAAGCUAUAGAAACACAGGCAGCGCUGCUACCUGUGCGGGUGAUGGCGGCGAGGCGUUCCUGACCAGUCUGACGCUGAAAUGCAUUUGUGCAACCCCUUAUUAGCCGGUGAAGCGUCACACGUCCUGUUUCAUUUCAUCUGGACUUUGGCCGGAGGCGUUCGACUGCUGUUGCCAUAUUUCAGCUCACGUGUGGCUAAACUGUGAUCUGACAGCUGAAAACACUGAAACGCUUCGGAUUCGAAUGUGUUUGUGCAACUUGAGGCAGGACGUGUGACUUGUAAUUUGCUGUGUACAUAUGUCCUCAUGCAGUCAGGGAUCGUUCCUCUUCUUUUGUGAGCUACUGAAUCCAAUAAGUCUUUGUAAUCUCCUCCCCAGCACUCAGAGGAAAUCCAUCUCUGCUCCGUUUUUCUCCUCAACUGCGCUUGUGUCUAGAUGGUUGAUUGAAAAGUGAUGAAUGUAGUUUUCAUGCAGGCCACCGCGUUUGCCCUCCUCAUUUGCAAUAAGUGGCGUGACCAAACGUGAAGGUGCUCCCGCUGCUGCCGGACGCGGCUCCAUCCCCUCACACCGUUCACAGAGAGCAACACUGUGCAGCUUUGUGGCCGUGCAGAGUUGGGGAAUGAGUUUCACCUCAGCUGACGCCUCUUUGUGUCAGGGCUUCUGGCGCAUGGGACCAAAAGGCAGCGUGUCACGCUCGGCCGCAGGUUUUUGUAUUUUGUAAUUGGGAGUCAAAGGAUUUGACGUGUUGUGUUUGCAACCUUCUAAUCAGUGAGUCACUCGUGCGGUUUCAUCUCAUGCGGACGAGAAGAGGUUGAUUUCUUGUGAAGGUCCUCUGCUUCCUGAGGGAGCUGGUGUUUUACUUCUGUGUGUAUUAAUAUGUAUUGAUAUCUCUUUCUACUGACGCAUACGAGGUUUUCUAUUGAAUCGUGUACAGUUUUGCUGUUGUCCAUCUUCACCGCUCAUACGCUGACGUAAGGGGUUGCUACUAAAUGUGUUUCACACCUUGAAGGGAAAUUCACAGCCUGAAUAAAAUUACUGUGGGUUGACAAAAAUGUAACAUAUGAAUAGUAUCAAUUGUAUACAUAAUGAUAUACAUAAUAAUAUUCUUGGCCAUCCUUUUCUCUUUUUGUGGCCCUUUUCUUUGAGAUAAUACCAACAUUUUUACGCCAUACGAGCAGAAAACACAAAAACAAAUACUUGUACAUGUUGUGUAAAUACUGAAUAUUGGGGAAACAUUUACCUUCUUUUUUGUAUCGAACCACAUUAAUCUCAAUAACAAAAUUAACCACGUCAUGACAAAAUUACAAAAAAAUAACUAAGCUCCUUCUAAUACGAAUAAUACUGAUAUCUACAAUUAUAAGUGCUCAAAUAAGACUAUUCUUUCUCUUUGUACAUGAAGAAAAUCUAGUGUUGAGUAUUAAUAAUAAAAACUAAGUUUCAUGUA